AAAAAGUAGCCAUGUCAAGUGUAAUGUGUGGCAAUCUACUUUUCACAAAAAUACAUUUUAUGUUCUUCAUUACCCAUUUUUCAUCUCUUAAUCUUCAAUUUCUCUUACAAUUUCCUUAAAUAAUCUUAACUUUGCUGUGUUUUCUUAUCAUUUCCAGCACUGUUAGCCAUUGUUGGUCACUGAAAUUCUCAUACUUCACACUCUAUAAACUGAUUACUGUGUAAGAAUUUGAGUUGUUUUUGUGUUUUUGAUCAAAGAUUCGAACUGGGUAUUGGAAAAAAGCUUAAAAUGGAGUUAAAGUGGUGUUCUUGAUGAAGAAAAAUGCAGCUCUGUAGAUCCGUAACCACCAUGAAAAAGCAGCUAGUUUUAGCAGAAAUUUUACUGCUUUAUCUACUGGUUGUGGUUUACAGUGAUACAGAUCCCAAUGACUUGGCAAUUCUCAAAGAAUUCAGAGACGGGUUAAAGAAUUCAGAGCUCUUAGAGUGGCCAGAUAAUGGUGAUGAUGAUCCAUGUGGGCAGUUAUGGAAGCAUGUUCAUUGUGUUAACUCAAGGGUUACUCAGAUUCAAGUUCAGAAUAUGAACUUGAAAGGUCCUUUGCCUCAGAAUUUAAACCACCUUACCAUGCUUGAGAAUUUAGGAUUACAGAGGAAUCAGUUCACUGGUGCUUUACCAUCUUUUAAAGGAUUGUCUAAUUUACAGUUUGCUUAUUUGGAUUAUAAUCAGUUUGAUUCUAUACCAUUUGAUUUCUUUAGUGGUUUGACCAAUCUGCAAGUUUUGGCAUUGGAUGAUAACCCUAUUAAUGCCACUACUGGGUGGACAUUCCCUAAGGAUUUGCAGGAUUCUUCUCAGUUGACUAAUCUUUCUUGUAUGUCUUGUAAUUUGGUUGGUCCAUUGCCUGAUUUUCUUGGGAAUUUGGUAUCUUUGCAGAAUUUGAGACUCUCUGGUAAUAGUUUGUCUGGUGAAAUUCCACCUACUUUUAAAGGAGGCAUGUCUUUGCAGAAUCUAUGGCUGAAUAACCAGAAAGGUGGUGGCUUGACUGGUACCAUUGAUUUGGUGGCAACAAUGGAGUCAGCAACUGUUCUAUGGCUUCAUGGGAAUCAGUUCACAGGUAAAAUUCCAGAGGGUAUUGGUAAUUUGACUCAGUUGAAAGAUCUCAAUCUUAAUGGUAAUAAAUUGGUUGGAUUAGUUCCUGAUAGCUUGGAAAAUUUACCAUUACAGCAUUUAGAUUUGAACAAUAAUCAGUUGAUGGGUCCAAUUCCAAAGUUUAAAGCUACUAAAGUAUUAUGUGCUUCAAAUCCCUUUUGUUUAACCACUGUAGGAGUUUCUUGUGCCCCAGAAGUUAUGGCACUUAUAGAGUUUCUUGAUGGAUUAAGUUAUCCUGCAAGGCUUGUUUCUUCAUGGAUUGGUAAUGACCCAUGUUCAUCAUGGAUAGGGGUCACAUGUGAGUCAAAUAAGGUUUAUUCAAUUGCUUUGUCGAAUCAGAAUCUUAGCGGUAUCUUGAGUCCUUCGGUUGCAAAUUUAGGUUCACUUCAUCAGAUUAGACUUGGAGGUAACAAUCUUACUGGUGUGAUUCCUACAAAUUGGACUAGUUUAGCUUUUUUGAAAACUUUGGAUAUUAGUGACAAUAAUAUUCUGCCUCCAUUACCAAAAUUUUCAAGUACUGUGAAUGUUGUUAUUGAUGGGAAUCCUGUGUUAACUGGUGAUAAGACAGCUCCAUCUCCUGAUAGUAAUCCAUCAUCUAGGAAUACAGAUUCACCAAAUAAUCCGUCAUCGUCACAAACGAAAGGUGCCGGUUCUUCUCAUGGCGACUCGUCGGUAGAAUCAAUUAUGGAGAAAAGCCCUAGGAGAUCUACUUUAGUUGCAAUUGUAGCUCCUCUUGCAAGUAUUGCAGUUGUUGCUAUGUUGAUAAUUCCUGUAUCUAUUUAUUUUUGUAAGAAGAGAAAAGAUACCUACCAGGCUCCAAGUUCUCUAGUGAUUCAUCCUAGAGAUCCAUCUGAUCCGAAUGACAUUAAAAUUGUUGUUGCUAAUCAAACUAAUGGAAGCAGUACUACAAGAACAGUAAGUGAUUCUGUUGGUAGUAGUACUGGGGAGUCUCAUGUCAUUGAAGCAGGAAACCUGGUCAUAUCUGUUCAAGUUCUUCGAAAUGUUACGAAAAAUUUUGCACCAGAGAAUGAGCUUGGCCGUGGUGGCUUUGGAGUGGUUUACAAAGGAGAAUUAGAUGAUGGAACAAAAAUAGCUGUAAAAAGAAUGGAAGCUGGUGUGAUUACCAACAAAGCCUUGGAUGAAUUCCAGGCUGAGAUUGCCGUUCUUUCAACGGUGAGGCAUCGUCAUUUAGUAUCGCUUCUUGGCUAUUCAGUUGAAGGCAAUGAGAGAAUUCUUGUUUAUGAGUAUAUGCCUCAAGGAGCCCUCAGUAGGCAUCUAUUCCACUGGAAGACCUUCGAAUUGGAGCCUCUUUCGUGGAAGAGAAGGCUCAAUAUUGCCUUGGAUGUUGCUAGAGGAGUGGAAUAUCUUCAUAAUCUAGCUCACAGAAGUUUCAUACACAGAGAUCUUAAAUCGUCAAAUAUAUUGCUCGAUGAUAAUUUCAAAGCAAAAGUUUCAGAUUUUGGAUUAGUGAAACUCGCUCCUGAUGGUGAGAGAUCUGUGGUGACCAGACUUGCUGGUACUUUUGGAUACUUGGCACCUGAAUAUGCUGUGACCGGGAAAAUCACAACCAAGGCUGAUGUCUUCAGUUUUGGAGUGGUGUUAAUGGAGCUACUGACUGGGUUGGUGGCACUUGACGAGGACAGACCCGAGGAAACUCAAUAUUUGGCAGCAUGGUUCUGGCAUAUAAGAUCAGAUAAACAGAAACUCAGGGCUGCCAUCGACCCUACUCUCGACGCGAAGGAGGAAACAUUAGAUAGUAUUUACACAAUUGCUGAACUGGCAGGACAUUGCACAGCAAGAGAGCCUAAUCAAAGGCCAGAUAUGAGCCAUGCUGUGAAUGUACUAGGCCCACUCGUCGAGAAAUGGAAACCUUUAAGUGAUGAAAUAGAAGAAUAUUGCGGCAUUGAUUAUAGCCUUCCCCUUAACCAGAUGGUGAAGGGCUGGCAAGAAGCAGAAGGAAAAGACUUCAGUUAUGUGGACUUAGAAGACAGCAAGGGUAGUAUCCCGGCAAGGCCAGCCGGAUUCGCAGAGUCUUUCACUUCGGUUGAUGGUCGAUAAAAAAGGUUUUCCAUUCCCUUCAUUCAAAGAAUUGUUUGUAGAUAAAUUGUGUUUUGACUUUCUUCUUUCUUCAAAGUAUUCAAUGUCAAUAUGCAGUACUUGUCGAUGAUUCUUAUGGCGGAAUCUGCAUUCAAGUGUUUAAAAGGUCUCAGUGUAGGCUUUAAAUUUUGUUAUCUUUAUUAUGUCCUAUUGGUGGUGUAGAUAUAGGACAAUAAUGAUUAUGCAAGUUUCUUGCUGAUUAUUGCUUGAUUCCUAUCUAUGAGUUCUAUUAGAAACUGGCACUUUCCGGUU